AUGGCUGGACAAACAGAGCUUCGCAGGCGCCGCCCUGGCGCGGAAUCUGAGUCUUCACGAACUGAGCCGGAUGUGCCGAUGGAGAAGGAGUCCACUUCAGACAAGGGCGAAAGCAAGCAGCCUGCAUCCGCACCCUCUAGCUUCAAAGCGUUGACCGUCUGCGCGGGACCUCGCAAAGAAGAGCGGCUCCUCUCUUGGCAGCUCGUCCUUCUUCUCUCGGUCGGCGUCGCACUUCGCGUGCUUCUCUAUUCAGUGGGGCUGACGCUUCCAGAGUCUACAGAGCCUCUUGUCUCUCCGUCCUCUUCCUCUUUUUCUUCGUUCCGCGAGGCUCUCACUCUGCAGGCGCUGUCUUUUUCGCCCUACACGGGGGGCGUAUACCGGCAGCAGCCGCUGAUCUUCCUCGCCCUCCAGUGGCUCACGAGAGCGGGCCAGGGCGAAGACGAGAACUGCGACACCUCCGGAUGUCAGUGGCGAUACUACAUCGUCUUGAUCUGCAUCGAUUUGGUCGCCGCCCUCGCCCUCGCUGCCGCAGCUGCGGAGGCGCACAAAUGGGCGGUGAACUUCCGGCGCAGGGGCGCGGAGGGCUCAGCUCCGCAGCCGCGCACGGAAGAGGCAGAAAGCAAGCAGGAGCUCCCAUCGAAGGAGAGUCUGGCGGAGCGACGCCGGUCUGAGGACAGCGAAGCGGUCAUUGCGCCGCCGGCCCUCGUCGCCGCGAAUUACUUCCUCCAUCCCAUGACCGUCGGCGCCAUUCUCUCUCUGACGAUUCACACGCUUCCUCUGGCCUGCUUCGCGCUCGCCCUCGCGUGUGCAACCCGCGCGGGGCGGUGCUCCAGGUGUCUCUGUGUGAUCUUCUUCGGCUGCACCAUCUACGUCGGGCCUCCCCAGGCGCUUCUUCUCGCUCUCCCUCUGGCGCACCUGAUGCAUGCAGUUCGCACGCAAACUGUUCAGCGCCCGGACCUCUUGGAAGUCCUGCCGUCCCCGAAGGAAGACAUCCUCCCUGGCGUUCUUCGCGGCCUGCUCAUCCUCGUCGCGGGGGUCGCUUUCUGCGCAAGUCUGCAUGUCGCCUCGUACCUGGCUCUCCGGAUCUACACUCCAGAUGCCGCCGACUACUUCGACUCCACCGUUGUCGCCCUCUGGGAAGUCAGAGACCUAGGCCCGAACCUGGGCAUUUUUUGGUACAUCCUCUCCCUUAUUUUUGAAAGAUACCGCCUCCUCUUCGUCAUGAUCUUCCAGGGUCACUCCUUCAUUCUCGUCGUGCCUCUCUUUGUUCGAAUGUUUCGCUACCCUCUGGCGUACUGCCAAGUCAUCAUCGCGAUCGCGCUUCUGUUUCAGCCCUUCUUCUGCAUCGCGGACUCCGCUUUCCUUCUCACUCUGCUCAUUACCCGCUGGCAAGUUGUCAAGCAGAAGGCGGCGUUCGUGAAGAUGGUAGUUGUCACGGUUGUGGCCGCCUCCAUUUAUCCAGUCGUGACGGAGCUGUGGCUGGGGCGGAACACUGGCAAUCCGAACUUUGUCUACAACAUCCAGACGAUCUUCCACAUCUUCGUGGGGUUCCUGGUCGUGGAGUGGAUCAAAGGCGUCAUUCUGGACAAGUUGUUCACUUCGUCACAGCCCGCUGAGCAGAGGGCAAAGACGGCCUGA